AUGGGCGCCGCCUCCCUCCUCCCCACGCAGCCCCCUCUACCCGUCUUCACCGUCGUCCCCGUCACCAUCCCCUACCCCGACCGCCCCGUCGACCUCCAGCUGCGCGUCUCGGCCCCGGUACUCCCCUCUGACACGGAGUCGCGACCCCUCCCCAUUGUCAUCCUCUCCCACGGCAUGGGCCGCAGCAACUGGCUCAACUCGCUCGCUGGCUACGAGCCCCUCACCCACUACUGGGCCUCGCAGGGCUUCGUCGUCCUCCUACCCACCCACCUCGCUGCCGUCAGCCUGGGUCUGCCCCCGCCCGCUGCUGACAAUGGCAUGUUCUGGCAGGAUCGCCCCGUCGAGAUCAGCUUCCUCAUCGACCACCUCGACACCCUCGAAAAUCUUGUCCCUCAGCUCCGCGGCCGCCUGGACAAGGCCAACAUCGCUCUUGCCGGCCACUCCCUCGGCGGCUUCACGGCCAGUCUCCUCCUCGGCGCGACGAAUACGUCCCCCAUCACGGGCACCACCGUCCGCGCCCACGACCCGCGCAUCAAGGCGGGCGUCGUCCUCGGCGGCACGGGCCACGGGGGCGCCAGCCUGUCAGACAAGGGACGUACCAUGGUUCCCUUUUACCACGUCGACUUUGGCACCAUGCGGACGCCCGCGCUCAUCAUGGCCGGCGACGCGGAUCUGAGCCCCCAUCUCACCGACAGGGGACCCGACUGGCACUGGGACGGCUACACCCACGCACCCGGUCCCAAGGACCUGUUCAAGGUCCGUGGUGGUGGGCAUGGCUUUGGCGGCGUGGCGGGCUGGUCGGCGGCCGAGACGGAUGACGAGAGUCCCGAGCGUCUGGCUAUUGUGCAGCGCGUCUCCUCUGCGUAUCUGCGUACCGCGCUGUAUGGCGACGACGCGUGGGCGCGGACGCUGCAGGUCGUCGAGGGGCAUCCGGCGCUGGGCGCGACAGAGAGCAACCCCCUCGUCACUGUCCGCCCUCAGCUGCGCAUCUGCCCAACGAGACCCUUGGCCCUCUCGAGGCGCGUCUUGACCUCGGCCUGGUCCGACGUGCCCAUCAUGUCGAGCCGAGGGGCGGCGCUGUCAUCAUGCGACGAUGAGCCCACCCAUCGAGCGUUGGAGGACGACCGCCGCGACCGACGUUGCAAAUCUGCCGCUGGCGUUCGGUGCUCUCCUGCGCCGAUGCCGACUGGAGCUCGAUACUAUGCGCGCGGCUUGCCGUCUCCGCCACGGGCUGUGGGUCGCGGGACGGCCCGUGGCGCCGCGCCCGCUCCAUCAACGAGGCGCCAGGAGAACGAGGCCCAUCGGUCGGCCUCGCAUGGUUUCGCCGUCUCCUCUAUUCUCCAGCCUCUGCUCGCCGCCAACUAG